AUGGCCAUGGAAAGCUCUUCGUUGACCGAAAUGUCUCUUCUCGGCAAGCGUUCUCGUCAGCCCGACGAAAUAGAGCAGCUGCAGACACCAGGGCCAACGCCAAAUCCAAAACGCACCAAAGGGACGACAACACCGGUGUUCGACGGUAACGGAAACAAGGAGAAUAUUCCACCUUUAAACCUUACUCCAGUCAACAGCAACAAUGCUUCUACGCCCAUGAGUAGCAGGGCAGUACGAGCUCUUCGUAGAAGCGCCACUUUGGAAAGUUUUGUCACUCCAUCCCCCGCUCGAACUGCUGUUAAGCGGACUGCCUCCUUCUCCACCUCUUUUGCCAACCUUACACUCGCUACACCACCUUCUACGCCGCUUACUUUACUACCCUUACAUGCUCGUGCUAGGGCCUUGCUUCGUGCUACCAGCAACAACAGCAAUUUUUUCAUGCCAGCUCGCGAUUCUGAACGCGAAAUAAUCACAAGAUCGAUUGCCACAUUUUUGAGCCACUCUGGGGCAGACGCGUCCCACAAUCUCUACAUUUCUGGAGCUCCAGGAUGCGGCAAAACUGCACUCAUAAAUUCCAUUCUGGAUUCCCUGGAGCUGGAUGAUACGCGAAUAGUCAACGUGAACUGCAUGGCUUUGAAAAAUAUUGCCGCGCUUUGGGAUCUUCUCGUCGAUGAAUUUGAUGGCUUAUUGCACAAGAAACGAAAAUCUGGGAUGAAGAGGGGCAAUGGCCGCGAGGCUGUAGAGGCAUUAUUGUACGGAAUGUCGACUCGAUGCAUCCUCGUGCUCGAUGAACUGGAUCAUAUCGCUUCCAAUCCUCAGUCAAUCUCUUCACUGUUGAGCCUUGCCAGAUCUGAUGGAUUGUAUGUUAUUGGGAUCGCCAAUACCCAUACGCUUACAUCUUCUCCCUCAUUUUUUACUGAUGACAUUCGAACUCUUCAUUUCUCCCCUUACACAUCCGCUCAGCUGCUUCAGAUUCUGCAGUCACGUUUGAGUAUUCUUACAUCUCAAUCAAGCUCCGAGUCCGCCCCAGACGAUACCUUGAAACAGCUCCUUCCUUUGUCCACUCUGACUCUUCUUACCAAGAAAAUUGCUGCACUAACGGGAGAUGUUAGAACUUUGUUCGAAGUUCUACGCCGAGCAAUCGAUCUUGCAGUGACUUCGUCUGCAACCGCCAGAAUUGAUGACGACAACUUCUUAAUUGAUGACGACAACUUCUUCGCCGAGGCCGGCCCUGUGUGUUCAGUGACUCCCACACAUGUGUUGGCCGCUAUUACUCAAUCAACAGCAGAUCAAACUCCAGUACAGACAGCAUUUACAUCCACAGCCUCGAACAGUGAAAUUGUUCGAAGAGUUACCAGUAUAGGUUUCCAAGCGCGAUUAGUCCUUCUCUCUGUUCUCGUGGCGGUCAAACGAAUUGAGGCUGGUUUGACGAUUGACAUUUCAUCUUCCCGAAAUCCGACCCAUGGUUCACUCCAAAAUGGCCCUGAAUUCCUUGCAACCGACAAGGACAUUGUUGUGGACGGGUCCCAUCUUCACGCAUACUACUCCCACAUUCUCCGUCGCGGAGGAGACGCGAGUAUUUCUAGCCCUGUAUCUCGGACCGACUUCUCAGACUUGCUAGGGAUGCUCGAGGGGGCUGGCCUGAUUGUUUUGGGCCCCUCUCAACUGUCUCCGAAAAAGAAGAGGGUUUGCUUCGGACCGUCUGCAUCUUUCGGUAGAUCUAGUGCAUGGUCUUCUGUGCGUAACGGUGGCACCUUGACCGAGGAGGUGCGGCUUGCGCCGGGUGUUUGGGUGGAUGAAGUCUUGAGAGGACUUGGUGCCGGUUUCUCGUCUAAUAUCAAGGCUUCGCGAGAUGUCAACGAGGAAGAGUUGAACACCCUUUGGAUGAAGGAAGACACCAUCAUACGUAAAGAAUUGAAGGCAAUCGAAAACAAACGGAAUGCGCAGGAGGGCAGUCAGAUGUUUAUUGAUGCAUCUUUGGAUGAUUGA